GCUAACGAUAAUUAGCACACUGAGUCAAGUAGGUGCUGGAACACCGGGUCGUAGUCAUUUCCCUACAGCCGCUGCCGCUGCUCUGGUUUCUCUAAAUCAUAAACGACAAAUAAAAGCGGACACUGAAAGAAAAGCGUUGCUGUCGGAACCAAGCUCCAUAUCUGACCCUCGGACUAUCCGUGGCUUUCGUCCUUUUAUCGGCAGGAAAAUUUUGGUUGAUUCUCCUCAGUGUUUAUCCAGCCAUAUUGUGGAUCUUUAGCUCUCCGGGAAGGACAGUGGCAGAGGCAGAGCCUUCAGGGAUCAGACCUCCAGAGCUCCAUGAGCACAACGGGGCAGCAGCAAGGAGGGGGGCUGCGUUCUCGCCGGGACAAGGACGUGGGGCACGGCAUGGGCAUGGAGGCGGCGUGCUGGCUUUCUCCUGGUGUACUGCGAAGGCUCAUCGAACUUCCGUCUCCUCCUCUGUCUCAGCACCAGCUGAAGAGACUGGAGGAGCAUAGGUACAGCAGUGCUGGCCGCUCGCUACUGGAGCCUCUGAUGCAGCGGUACUGGGAAUGGUUGGUUGGACAGGUCCCUUCCUGGAUUGCCCCCAACCUCAUCACCAUCAUUGGCCUCGCCACCAAUGUCUUCACCACCCUGGUGCUUGUCUACUACUGCCCAACUGCCACUGAGCAGGCUCCUCUCUGGGCGUACCUAUUUUGUGCAGUGGGUCUUUUUAUCUACCAGUCAUUGGACGCCAUUGAUGGAAAACAGGCCAGACGCACCAAUAGUAGCUCUCCCCUGGGCGAGCUGUUUGACCACGGCUGUGACUCCCUCUCUACAGUGUUUGUCGUACUGGGAACCAGUAUAGCAGUGCAGCUGGGCACCAACCCAGACUGGAUGUUUUUCUGCUGCUUCGCUGGGAUGUUUAUGUUCUACUGCGCCCACUGGCAGACAUACGUGUCAGGAACGCUGCGCUUUGGCAUCAUUGAUGUGACUGAGGUGCAAAUCUUCAUUAUAAUCAUGUAUUUGCUGGCCGCCGUGGGAGGAUCUGCUUUUUGGCAGUCACUGAUUCCUGUCCUAAAUAUCCAGAUGAAAAUGAUUCCAGCCAUCUGCACUUUACUAGGAGCCGUCUUCUCCUGCACAAAUUACUUCAGAGUUAUUUUUACUGGAGGUGUUGGUAAAAAUGGAUCCACAAUAGCUGGAACCAGCGUCCUCUCUCCUGUCCUACAUAUUGGUUCAGUUAUAGUUCUGGCGAUGAUGAUAUACAAAAAGUCUGCAGUCCAGCUUUUCGAGAAACACCCAUGUCUCUAUAUCUUGGCAUUUGGCUUUGUGUCGGCCAAAAUCACAAACAAAUUAGUAGUAGCACAUAUGACAAAAAGUGAGAUGCAUCUCCAUGACUUAGCCUUUCUGGGGCCGGGAUUACUGUUUCUUGAUCAGUAUUUCAAUAGUUUUAUCGAUGAGUACCUGGUACUCUGGAUUGCACUGAUCAUUUCCUUCUUUGACCUGGUGCGCUACUGUGUCAGUGUUUGCAACCAGAUUGCCUGCCAUCUUCGCAUUUUUGUCUUCAAAAUCAAGCCUUGCUCGAUCCCCAGUUCAGCUAAUCACUGAGGGCACGCCGGCCAUUACUGACUCUGUUCCUUCCACUUAGUCACACUCAUCUUCUCCUCCCUCCGUUUUCCUCCUACAGAGGCAGGAGUCGACGUGGUUUAAAGUAUGUGCUUCUGCCAACUGAGUGUGAGGACAAAAUAAUAUAUGUUAAGAUACUGGAAUAUUACUGUCACUUGUUUCUUUUGCAGAAUUGAAUUUCUGGCAAAUUGAUGGUUACAGAGGGCAAAUGUUUCAGAAGAGUACAGGUGCUACUCGGUGUCCAAUGAAAGAAACUUACAUGUGUUUUAACUGUAUAAGUUCAACAAAUCAUUUAAGGAAUGAAUCAAGGUUUUUUGCUUUUCAUAAGGAUUUUUGUAAUAUCUGCCUAACUUUAACUUUUGCUAUUGUAAAUAGGAAAGCGUUACAGCGUCUGUGCUUCUCUUAAGUUAAAACUUCUGCUCCGACACAUUCUUCAUAUAAGAGUUUUGUUUUUUAAAGCGACUUCAUCUUCUGCACAUGAAUCAAAACUGUGCUGCUAUUUUGAAUCAGCAAAAUAUGUUUGUGGAGGAAACAGCAGCAGCUUUAUUCUAUAUCUUAGUAGUUUGGGUUUUUUUUGUACUGCAAAAAUAUUCACUGCCAGUCCUUUCUUAGUUAAACUUGACUUUUCUUGUUACUUUUAUACACUUUAAGGUUGGUUAUCUUUACAUUUAUGGUUUAAUUUUGGAGAGAGUGAGGUUACAAAAAUUAUUUUCACAAAGUUUGAAAACCAUGGGGGAGGUUUUUAUUUCUUCUGCUGAAAAAAAACAGUUGAGUUGAAGAUCUUUUUAGUGGCAUUUGUAGUUCUGGCAGAACGAAUGAGGGGCUUGACAGAAUAUUAGUGGCCUUUUAAUCUCAACAACAAACUAGUGCGAAUCAUUUUGGACAUUUUGAGCUGUUGAUAACCAAAUCAGAAAUGGAACAAAUCUUGUUUGGGUUUAGUUUACUGUCACUUUCCUCCCACAAAAAAAAAAAAUACCCAAGAAAAGACCAAAUCACACCUGCACGUGUCUCACUUUUAUCGCCUGCUCGAUGUUUGCACCUCUUGAGUUUGUAACGGUAUGUGUGGUACAUUAUAUUACUUUAAUGAAAAUGUAUCUAAUUUUCUAAGCUGCUUGCUCCUAUGUUUUACACUUUAUUCUUUAUAAUGUUUUUUUCUUAGAUUCAGAUGUAUAUGGGGAUUAAUACAUGAGUGUUUAUAGUAUAUAAUGCAAAUGGCUCAACUGUAACGCCACCAAGUUGUCUUUGUUUUGAAAAAAAUGACUCAUUUGUUCCUUUUUUUCUGUCUUUUCAUGGGAUUUAUGGAUAAGAAAUAAUCCGAGUCCUCCUGCGAUCAGUACGAUCUUACCGUUUCCCCUCUAAACACAUAUCUGCUGCAGCAGAACAGGUGCACAUGUGAAUGAGUGCGCAGGAGAUGAGGUGAAUUAACAGGCUCAUGUUUUUUUUUUUAUUGUAAUGACUGAUGAGAGUCUGAUUGGGUUUAAUAAAACCUAGUUUAUUCUGCGCGGAGCCGCUACUGCUGCGCGUUCACCUUAUACUGGCGAUGCGUUAAAGAUGGCUGCUUCUGGAGUGAGUCCACAGUGAUGAUCUGGAUUCAUGCAUAGAUCCUUGCUUAUGCAUUUUGUGCCUGUUAGUGUUUAAGUUUCUUUUCCAGAGUCUGUUUCUAUGCAUCUACAUCUGUAAUGCCAAGUCUUGAGUCAAAGUUUCGUUUCUCAAUUUCCUUUUUCUUUUUUUUCUUUUUUUUGGAUGGUGGUGGUAGUAAUCCAGAUAUCAGAAUAUAUCUUUGCAUGAUUGUUAAAGGCCUGGUUCACCCAGAUCACAUGUGGUUUGAAGAAAUAAUUGGUAAAACAUGAUUAUCUGAAAAGGAACAUGUAAAUUAAGAAGGAUGUUUAAUUGUUAGAUGGCUCCAAUCUCUGGUUGUUUGAAAACUUCAAAAAAUGCAGCUUAAAACUAAAGUUUUGGAAUUUAUUAGAAAAUUUUGUAGAGAAGUAAUUUUGGAACUAAGGAAAAUAAAGUUGUUUUUAAUAAAAUGAAAUCUUUUUGGAGUGUAAAUAAUAAUUAGAUUUGUGGAUGAUCCCAUUAGAACAAGAUUAAAAAUGAAUCAGAAGGGAAAUUACUUCAGUAGUCUGAAGUUUUAGCGCUAUACUUUCCAAAAACCUCCACUUUAUAAAUCAGCUGAUGAAAGAAAUGUUUUUAUAUCAAAAUCACUGUGACUGAAUAUUUAGCAAUUAUGAUUUUCAAAGCUUUGUUUGACUCCAAACUAAAUGUGGCUCCAUUUGAUAUUUCAGGAUGUUGGGAUAUCCAACACUUUGAACUUUAUUAAACUAACAAUCUGGAGGGAUUGGGGUGAUCUAGGUCAUCAAGACAAAGCUGAGGGCCCCACAUUGUGGCUUUGGUAUGAAAUACAAGAUGCAUUUAAGAGGUCUGUCAUUUUCAGUCCGUCUUCUGUUCUCAGUGUUCUAUGAGGAAUGAGCUGAUUCCUUAAUCUGCAUGUCGUAGUAUUCCACUGUACAGUUUGUAUUUGAAGAGGCUUUGUAUGACUUCUACCUGGAAACUCAGCUGAUCAACAUUUCCUAACGAGACUGUGAGGUCGACCGUCAUUGCUGCAGCUUGUAUGCUUAUAGUUCCUGACAUCAGGUCCACUCUCAUCUGUGAAGUAAAAAAAAAAAUGCCUUAAUGAACUCAUUUGUUUUCUAUUACUUUGUAUAAAGAAGCCUUUCUGGAUUGAGCGUGUUCACUGUGUGUCCGCGCUCCCAGAGGCUUGUGGGAAGGUUUGUCUUCUGUUGGCCAGAAUGCAAAGCUCAGGUAUUUCACCAGUGUGCACCACAGUGUGUUGGAUCACCUGACAAUCUCUGCUUCAUCUAACAAUGCAAAUAAAUUUCAUAUUCCCACCUGGAAA